GGGGCGUCGAAUGACAUCCCUUGAAUCAAUGCAAUGUUGUUAUUUACAAUGUUACAGUACUGUAUUUUGGAUAGAAAAGAGAUAUCAGCCUGCCUUUAUUUUCUCCGGUGAAUGGCUGCUUCAUUAUAGCGAUGCUCAGUCAUUAUUAUAGGCUGCAGACUAUGGGUAGAGAGGCGCACUGUCGGUGAUCAUCAUGGAUGGUGAUGUAUUUGGACACGCUAUGUAAAUAAUCAAUAUAUGUCUGUCAUCAACGACUGCUAUUUACUUUAGAUGAUGAUGCAUUAGGUUGACACGAUGAAAUCUCAAGUCCCUCGUCGGCAUUACAUCACAUAGCUACACGGCAUCAUCCCAUGUCAACACUACAUAUUUUGUUAUUAGAAGGGACUAUGUCAACAGAACAGAGGUUGCCUGUUCUUGAAAUGUCAAACAAGCAUGAUUAUGAAUUUUAGACUUUUCAAAUGUCAACAUUGUGAGGUUAUAAUGCAUGGUUGCAAAACUAUUGAUCACACAAGAGAAAAUUAAUUGAAAUCAAAGUUGUUGUUUUUUGCCAUACAUUGAUUGUAUACUGUCAUAUUUGAUUUCACAGCCAUGUCUAUCUUAUAAUAUGGGAAAGCAGGGGAUCCGUCUCUCCUAUGUGCCCCUUGUUGUGUAGGUUAUGUGUCAUUUAUAAUGGCACAUGUUGCCCUGAAAAGUUUAUGCAGUGUAUGGUAAUACAAUAUCUCACAAUCAAAAAAUUGAAUUAGUAGACAAAUAGAUAUUCAAAUACUUAUACGUGGAAUGUGUAUCACAUCAAAUCUUAAUUCUGUUGAAUGUCCAGCCGCAAGUAACAGUAGUAACUUAUUUUGGGAAAUCUACAGUGAAGUGAAGAGUUAUCAAAUGUAUGAAGUGUGUGAUGUGUGUAUGAUACCGAGGGUUUCAUGAUUACUGAACUAUGUUUUGCUUAUACAGAAUGGCUCAUACACACACAAUUUUCCCUUGAGUUGUCUUGGAAACAGACUUGCAUCUUUCUGCUGGCAGUAACAUACUAUAUUUGGUGCCAUGUAUUAACAACUUGGGUCCAACAUACCACAUUACAGUGACUUGAGAUACCAUAAGUAAGGGAGUCCAGUAACCAUAGAACUGUUCAACUGUCAUAAAACAAUCAUUCAUGACACUUCUUUAGUUUGAAUGAACUCUGCAGCCUCUUACUGUGUGGUAUUCUAUUCUAUUCUAUUGUAUGUAUCCCUUACAUUUCCUAUACUAUUCUAUUCUAUGUGUCCCCAAACUUAAUGUUAUAUUCUAUUCCUCUUUAUCUCUAAACCUCUCAUGCCCAUUUGUUUGAAGUGAAAAUGGCAGUGGAGAAGCGCUUGGCAUUCUCUAUUGUGCAGUUCCUGCGAGAUCAAACACACUGUGGUGCUUUGAAUUCUGAUGAGCAGGAAAGCCUUGAAGUCGCCAUACAAUGUUUGGAGACAACCUUCAAGAUCAACUCCAGUGACUGUCAUCUCGCAGCACCACAACCUCUCACUGAAAUAUUCCUCAACUCUCUCCUCAAGAAUGACCAGAAUAACCUGGUGCUACCAGAGACAUCCCCAUCACCAGAAGACACAGAAAGGGCAGAACAGUUGAAGAAUGAAGGGAACAAUCAUAUGAAAGAGGAGAACUACAGCUGUGCGGUGGAGUGUUACACAAAAGCCAUCGAUUUAGACCUCCGAAAUGCUGUCUACUUCUGUAACAGGGCUGCAGCACACAGUAAACUGGGGAACUACACAGAGGCAACGGGAGACUGUGAAAGGGCCAUAGGGAUCGACCCUAGCUACAGUAAAGCCUAUGGGAGAAUGGGAUUGGCAUUGACUGCUAUGAAUAAGUACCCAGAGGCCAUCUCCUACUUUAAGAAAGCUCUGGUUUUAGAUCCAGGGAAUGACACCUACAAAUCCAACCUGAAGAUCGCUGAGCAGAAACAAAAAGAGGCAUCCAGUCCUAUGGCUACGGGACUGGGAUUUGACAUGGCCAGCCUUAUCAACAACCCUGCCUUCAUCAGCAUGGCCGCCAGUGUGAUGCAGAACCAACAAGUGCAACAGCUUAUGUCAGGGAUGAUGUCCAAUGCGGUAGGGGGUCCAGCAGCAGGAGUGGGAGGACUGUCUGACAUCUCCAGCCUGAUUGAAGCUGGUCAGCAGUUUGCCCAGCAGAUCCAGCAGCAGAACCCAGAACUGAUCGAACAGCUGAGGAACCACAUCCGCAGCCGCUCCUUCAGUGGCAGCGCUGAGGAGCACUCGUGAUCCACACAGUGUACAUUUCAAUAGAGGAAGGGCAACCAUAUGUCGUGAUUACAAUCUCUACACCCAUUCCUUAAACUCACAUCACCGGCAGAGCUGGAAUGAAGAGACAGACGGAGAUGGGGACGAUGGCACUUUACUGGGACUGUAUCUUCAGAGAGGAGGGGAGAGAUGAGAAACAGUCUACACCUUCUACAUACCUAAUAAGAAGAGAGAGUAUCCAACACAUUCUAUGUAGAUACUCAAACAGGAAAUAGAGUAUCAACCACAUUCUAGACACCCAAUUAGUUUCAAAAACAUUCCCACCAAUCAGGAGAAAGAAUAUUCAGUUCGAGACCCAAUCAGGAGACAGUCUCAACUAAUUAUUCUAAAUAUCCAACCCAGUGCACAGCAAAUAUUUAAUCUUUCCUCAAUAAUGUUCCAUUCCAAAUGGAUUUCUGUGUUUUUCUAUUGUGUGUUGUAGUAGCAAUGUGGAAACCAUUUCCGUGUUCCUAUACUUUGGUAUAUUUUGUUGAUCCUUUGGUCCGCACUGAUUUCACUGAUCCAACAGAAUUGUACGCAGGAGAAUGCAGGGGUGUAUACAGUGAGGUGAAACAUUUAGAUAGAAAUUAAAUUAAUAGAGCUGAUAGGAUUCCCUAUUCUACAGUACCAGUCAAAAGUUUGGAAACACCUACUUAUUCAAGGGUUUUUCUUUAUUUUUACUAUUUUCUACCUUGUAGAAAAGUAAUGAA